GGGAUAUCUGUCUCUCUCUUCUUUUUCCCCUCCCCUCCCCUCCCCUCCUCCUCCUCCCACCAAACCCUAAACGAAGACUUUUUUUUCUUUCUCAGAUUUCGAAUUCUCAAUCCGAUGCUCUAAUUUCUCGAAUCGUUCCGCGGAUCCGGCUCAGACAGAUUUAAUGCUGUUUGGAAUUAAUCAAAUACAUUUGAUGGAUGAUGAUCACAAAAUUGGAUAAAAUGUCUGUUUCUCCAUCAUGGGAGCGUGCCCAACGUUUGUUCGACAAGAUUACUGAGUUGGAGAGUAGGCGUCGGAGGUCUGCCCAAGCACGAGUUCCCUCAGAUCCUAAUGCCUGGCAACAGAUACGUGAGAAUUAUGAAGCUAUAAUUCUUGAGGACCAUGCAUUUUCAGAGCAGCACAAUGUUGAGUAUGCUUUGUGGCAGUUACAUUACAAGCGGAUUGACGAAUUGCGCACGCACUUCAGUGCUGCUAUGGCUUCUACAGGUUCAAACUCAUCCCAAGGUUUGAAGGGACCUACUCGGCCUGAUCGUAUUACAAAAAUAAGACUGCAGUUUAAAACAUUCCUUUCAGAAGCGACUGGAUUUUAUCAUGAUUUAAUAGUGAAGAUCAGAGCAAAGUAUGGGCUUCCUCUUGGCUAUUUCUCUGAGGAUUCUGAAAAUCGAAUUGUUAUGGAUAAGGAUGGAAAGAAAUCUGCUGAUAUGAAGAAAGGUUUGAUAUCAUGCCACCGCUGUUUGAUUUACUUGGGUGACCUUGCACGCUACAAAGGACUGUAUGGGGAGGGGGACUCCAAAACUCGUGAGUAUGCUGCUGCCUCAAGUUACUACUUGCAAGCUGCAUCUUGUUUGCCAUCAAGUGGGAACCCUCAUCAUCAGCUUGCUAUAUUGGCUUCUUAUUCUGGGGAUGAGUUGGUGACUGUUUAUCGAUAUUUUCGUAGCCUGGCCGUGGAUAAUCCCUUUUCAACUGCAAGGGAUAACUUGAUUGUGGCAUUUGAGAAGAAUCGUCAGAGUUACUCGCAACUGUCUGGCAAUGCUAAUACUUCUGCACUCAAAGAGUUGCCUGCACGAUUGACUGGCAAAGGUCGAGGGAAGGGGGAAGCAAUACCUGCUAAAGAUAACAACACAGAAGCAGGCCUUGUUAAGGAAAGAUCAUCCAGUAAUCAGGAAAAAUACAAAGCUUUUUCAAUUCGUUUUGUCCGUCUAAAUGGCAUUCUUUUUACACGUACUAGCCUGGAGACAUUUGCAGAAGUUCUCUCUGUUGUAAGCAGUGGUUUAUAUGAGCUUCUAUCUUCCGGAGCAGAAGAGGAGCUGAGUCUUGGUGCUGAUGCUGUUGAGAAUGGACUGGUCAUUGUUCGACUGGUCUCUAUACUGAUAUUCACAGUUCAUAAUGUGAAAAAGGAAAGUGAAGGUCAGUCAUAUGCAGAAAUUGUACAGCGUGCUGUUCUGCUGCAAAAUGCAUUUACUGCUGUCUUCGAGUUGAUGGGGCAUGUCUUAGAGAGAUGCGUGAAGCUGGGGGAUCCAACUUCAAGUCACCUGUUACCAGGCAUUCUGGUUUUUGUAGAAUGGUUGGCAUGUUGUCCUGAUGUAGCGGCUGGCAGUGAUGCAGAUGAAAAACAGUCUUCUGUUAGAGCAAAGUUCUGGAAUGCUUGCAUACACUUGUUGAAUAAUCUCUUAUCAUCUGUUCCGAUGUCCAUAGAUGAUGAUGGAGAUGAGACUUGCUUUAAUAAUAUGAGCAGAUAUGAAGAAGGGGAAACUGAGAAUCGCCUUGCUUUGUGGGAGGAUUUUGAGUUGAGAGGAUUCAUGCCGCUUCUUCCAGCACAUACAAUAUUGGAUUUCUCGAGGAAGCAUUCUUUUGGAAGUGAUGGCCAGAAGGAAAAAGGUGCGCGUGUUAAAAGGAUCCUGGCGGCAGGCAAGGCUUUAGCAAAUGUGGUCAAGGUUGAUCAAAAAGCCAUUUAUUUUGAUUCCCAGACAAAGAAAUUUGUCAUCGGUGUUGAGCCUUCAAUUAAUGGCGAUUAUAUGCCUACCUCCUUUUUAGGCAUGGCUAAUUCCAAUGAUAAUCUGGAAGAAAAUCAAGUGGAGGACACCAAAAAUCUGGGAGGUCCAUUUCAAAAGCCAGGGUUGACCAUGGAUGGGGAUGAGGAAGAUGAAGUAAUAGUUUUUAAACCAACAGUGGCUGAGAAGAGGCCUGAUGUGGUAGGCACUACAUGGGCUAUCCCCCAGCAUUUGGAACCAUUUAAAUCAGAAGAAAUAUCUCUUGCUAACAACCUAAAGAGUUUGGGAUUUAUGGGCAAUGGACAAGUACUGAAAUCUGACCAUGUAUCAAGUUCGGUUCCAUUCCAACAGCCUGUUAAUGGUAGUACUAGUAGUAUGUUUUACAGCCAUGCAAAGGCUCCAGAAGCUGUGUUGCCGUUUAAGGUUGAUACUAUUGCAUCUUCUGGGCCAUUUGCGGAUGGUUUGACAUUGAAGACGUCAUCAGCUUUGCCCUCUGCUAUCCGUAAAAAUCCAGUUAGUCGACCUGUUAGACACCUUGGUCCGCCACCUGGUUUUAGCCAUGUUCCCACUAAACAAGUGAACGAGUCUAUUUAUAAUUCAGAGUCAAUGGGUGAGAAUCCACUGAUGGAUGAUUACAGCUGGUUGGAUGGGUAUCAGGUGCCAUCUUCAACUAAAGGAAAUGCAUUCAGCAGUUCCAUUAACUACUCAUCUCAUUCAAAUCUCCAUCGCGUUCCUAAUGGGAAUGGCUUAAGUGGAGCAGUGAACUUUCCCUUUCCUGGUAAACAGGGCCCAUCUAUGCCAUUCCAAGCAGAAAACCAGAAAAGCCGGCAAGAAUUCCAUAUGCUCGAUGAUCUUAAACUUCACCAUGAAAUGCAGCUGCAGCAGCAGCAACAACCUGAGCAAUAUCAAGGACAGUCUGUCUGGACAGGCCGCUAUUUUGUGUGAUGCCAGUAUCAAUGUGAUGGUUCUUGAGGAUGAUUUGGUGAAUGUCCGCAUUGCCUUUUGCUACCAAAUUCAAACUCCAACUUUGAAGCUUUGUCAAUGUUAAUUUUCUGUUGGAGCAUUGGUGGUUUGGCUUCUUGCUGGCGCUUACAAAUACCCAGGUUUUGCCAAGCUCUCCAGCCCGGGGGAUGACAAAUAUGGAUAUAUGUUUCAUGGUGCGAAAUUCCUAAGUAAAUGCCUUGUCUGGUUACUUGGGGGUGGAUAGAACGUGUUAAUAAGAUCAUCUGUUGGUUUUGGGGCUUUUUGCCUCCAGCAAUUCGUGGAGUAAUAAAAAUGGUGUACUGACUCACUAGUGAACUGUUGAAGCAUAUAUUGCUUUUGAUAUUUAUCAUCAGCUUGGAGGUGAUAGUAUGUAAUUCUACUCGAGUGCUUUCUUGCGACAAGCUUUGGAGAGCUCGAGUUGUGGACAGGUUGUUGGAUAUGAAUAUACCCUCUUAUCAGAAAUGGGAUGGUAGAUAUGAAAAAUUGCACUUUGAAUGUAGUUAUGUCGUGAGUACAGGGUAUUGGUCUUGGUGUCCUGAUUUGAGACUUAUUAUGUUUUUAUGAGCUUAGAAUGAUGACGAAUUAUUAUCUAACCCUUCAUAUGAAGUUGGGGAGUUUAAUGUAAUAAUAAUUGUGGAUCACAUCCUAUGUUGAAUGUUAGAUCAUAUUGCCUUUUGUUUAGUUU